AUGGCCUUUGUUCCUACUCACACACAAGUAGGCCCAGGUCCCAAUGGAUUAUACCAUUGUACAUCAGUAGCCUGUGUACAAGACACAGAAGGUUUUUCAACUCAAGUUGGAGUCAACAAACGUUGUUCGAUCUAUGUUCAAUCACAGCGCGAUUUGUUGUCCGAUGAUCCAUACGAAGCAGCUCUCAUAUUACAUGCUGAAAGUUUAGUUCGUGCUGAAAAUCAAACAGCCACAACAACGAGAACUGAGCAAAAUGGGCAUCACAUCACAUCAACAACAAAUGAUGAUAUGAUGGACAUAAUCAAUGAAUAUCAUCGAACUGAUUCGUUUAUGAGUGAUAUACGUUCAAAUAUUCCAGUGGUGGACAAAUUACCUGAACUUGAUCUAGAAGGCCAUUACAUCGAUCCACAAACCUCAUCUGAUCCGGAAGUGCAAAAACAUCAAGCGGUCGCAUCAACUCCAUUAUGUUCUGCUCCGACAUCAUCUCUCAAUUUUUUUCCUGAUCUAAUCAUGAUGCAACAUUCAUAUUCAAAUCCUGUUGAUCCAAAUCAAACUCUUACCCAUCAACAGUAUCCAACAAAAUUUACUAAUUAUUUCAGAGAACCCGAUUUAUUGUCACAAAAUUCAAUGCUGAAUCACAAUUUCAAGUGUUUGUAUGAUCAACAAUGUGCCACAGACAAAGAAAUGCUUUUAUAUUUGUAG